AUGUCGUCUUGUACAACAUUUGAAAAUAUUCCGUGUGAAAUCUUAUUAGACAUAUUUGAACAUUUGGAUAUUUACGAUAUUUAUCAAUCAUUUUCAAAUCUUAACACAUUUUUAAAUUGUGUUAUCAACAAUCAUCAUCUUUCGGUCCACUCAAAUGUAACGUUACUGACAAACUUUCAAUUUAACCAUUAUUAUCACUUUGUAUUUCCACAAAUUGCUCAUCGAUUAAAAAAACUAAAAUUAUCAUUCCAUAUCGACAAUGAUUUGGUGAUAAAAUUAUUCGAUUUCAAUCAGUUUAUUUCAGGUAUUGAAACAUUGACAUUAUUAGAUAUUAAUUCUACUCAUUUCGAAUAUUUAUCGACUUUAACGUUUCCUAAUUUAAAAUAUUUGUGUAUAAAUACAUGUAAUGUAAAAGAAACGAUAUCGGUUGACGUCUAUGAACGACUGUUAACAAAUCCAUUGUUAAAAUCAUGCAAAUUAGAACUAAAUUGUUCUAUUAUAAUUAAAGAAGACAUUAUUUUAGCUGAUGGACUGGAACAUUUGACAUUGAAUUGGUGUAGUAUAUACAGUUUAUUUUUAUUAUUAAAACAACAACCAAAACUGAAUAGUUUACAUGUAACAUUGAUUGAUCAUCCACUUUCUGAAAGACCAUGGUUUGUUCAACUUCCCAUUAAUCUGUACUUGACUAAUUUACAUUUGAAUAUAUCUGAAUUAAUUACCAUCAAUAAAAUAAGUUCAUUAUUGGAUUCAUUGCCUAAAUUAAGAUCAUUGAUAAUCAUAGGUAUCGUUGGUUAUCCAAUGUAUUUCAGUAAUGAAUAUUGGGAAAAAUAUAUUUCUACAUUAGAUCAAUUUACAUUAAUUUUACGUUUUGAUACUCUAUCAUUAGUUAAUAUGAAUAUUAUUCAGUCUCAAUUUCUAAAUCAUAUUUGGACUAAAAAGCCAAAUUUUCAUGUUCAACAUCAAUAUUGUUGUCCGUUUAAAAUACUUAUCGUCAUGUUUAAUAAAACAACAUCUCCCAAUAUACCUAACUUUGAAACUAUAUUUGAUCAGAUUACGGAAAACAGUUUGCAUUUUACGUUGUGA